AUGACAAAAAAAGAUUUUGAAAAAUAUGUCGAAGACAAAGAAAACAAUCCGGAUACAUUGUAUGGAAAAACGAGGAAAAUGGAGCCUUGUGUGAAUAACAGGAGGGGCAGCUUUUGCCUGCAAGAUAGUUAUGACUCCACAAGCGGGCCGAUGGGGUUAACGACCGACCUAGGAAGUGAUACACCGCCGAGCAUAUCUAUGCAAGAACGAGUUAUCGCGCACACAUCUCCUUCCUACGCGAGAGCUGCGGCGGUGUCAACCGGUGAGCCUCUCUCUGUCGCUCCCGGGCAGAAACGGCAACACAUGGAGAUCCACCACGGACAGGAGGCCCACUGCGACGAUCAAGAAUGCACUUCGCACGUGCCGUCGUCUGCGGUGCCAGCUGUUGCGGUGACGUCACGCGAGAACACAACGGGCGGCGCUGGGGAAGCCGAGAUACACAAUAAUAGUGAAGGAGAAUGGGUUCAGGUCGUAAGGCAAAAUGUGUCAGUGUUAAAUCAUUGUUGUGAUAAAUUCUGUGAUAAGUCUGAACAUAAAUUAAUUAUAAAUAAAUUGGAACAAGCAGAGACAAAACUGCGCAAAGAACUGAGUGGAGACAACAAUGACAAAGAAGAGUUCAAGGAUAAUUGGCUGGAAACCGAUCGCUGUCCCGGAGCUGAGGAUUUUUCUUGUAUUGUUGUUCCACAUGUGAACUAUCCCUCUCAGUCGACAUCAAGACUACUGGAAAAGGGAUAG